AUGGAGGCAGAGCGAGCGGGUGCCGCCGGCAGCUGGAGACGGGUGGCCGCGGGCAGCGGCGUGCGCGGGGGGCUGUAGGGCCCAGCCCGGCCCGGCUCGGCUCGGCUCGUCCCGUCCCGUCCCGUCCCGUCCCGUCCCGUCCCGUCCCUUCCAUCCCCCGGGACGGAGGCGCGGGCUGUGCGCGGCGGCUGCGCCUGCCCACCGCGAGGGGACGGGCGGGCGGUGGCGGAGGUGUGAGGCGGAGGCGGGGGAUGCGAGCGGGCAGAGGCAGCGGCUCGCGGGCGCCGGGCACCGCCUGACGCGGCGAUCGCUCCCUCCUCCCGCCCCACCGGUGGGGCUGAGCCCGCAGAGGAGCGCGGGCUCGUCGGCGGCGGCCCCUCCUGCCCGCCCGCCGGCAGUGACCGACCCGCCGCGCCCCAAGACGAUGCCCGCCCGCUCGCCGCCGCAGAAGAAGGCGUGACGGCGAGGAGCGGACCCGCCGCCGCCGCGGGAAGGAGGAGCGGCGCCCCGUAUCUCCGCAGCCGGGGGUGGGCGGGCGGGCGGAGCGGGGGAGCGCGGCGCCCCGGUGCCCGCGGGCGACGUGCGGCCGCAGCCCGCCGCUAGCCGCCGCACGCCGGGAGCCCGAUGCCAGCGCCGGUGUCGCGGCUCGCUCUGCCUCAUCGGGAGAAUGCAUCGCUGCCCGCCGCGCUGCCGGCGGGGGUGCUAGGGGGAGCGGCGGCGUGGAGCCCUGCGCGCACCGCCUGCCCCAUCCCGCUCCGCCUCUGAGGCGCACGGAGCCCUCGGCGGCCGCUCACGUCCCGGCGAGGAGCGCCGCAGCCGCCGCCAGCCCCUCGCCGAGAAGGCGACCGCCUCCCCGCCCGCCCGCAGGAGGGGACCCGUCUGCCCCCGGAGCCGCCGCCACCACCCGCCCCGGGGCCGGAGCCGCUGCCUGCGGGCGCCCGGCGGGGCCGGCGGCCAUGGGAGCCCGGCCCGCGGGGGGCGCUCCCUAGGGCGCGGGCGGCCCGGCAGCUGCGAGCCGGCGGCGCGGCAACCCCCCCCGCCCCCCCGCCUUCCCUCCCCGCUCCGCUUCGCCCCGGGCCUGCGCGGCGAGCCCAGCGCAGCGGCCCGCCGCCACGGGGCUGCGGGGCUGCCGGCGCGGCGAGGAGCGCCCCGGGGACGCGGCACCGCCGGUGCCCGGCGCCGCCGGCCGCCAUGGGGGAACAACCCAUCUUCAGCACCCGAGCUCACGUCUUCCAGAUUGACCCAAACACUAAGAAGAACUGGGUUCCCACCAGCAAGCAUGCUGUUACUGUGUCCUACUUCUAUGACAGCACAAGAAAUGUCUACAGGAUAAUCAGUUUGGAUGGCUCAAAGGCAAUAAUAAAUAGCACUAUCACUCCCAACAUGACAUUUACUAAAACGUCCCAGAAGUUUGGCCAGUGGGCAGACAGCAGGGCGAAUACAGUCUAUGGCUUGGGAUUUUCAUCUGAACAUCACCUUUCAAAAUUUGCCGAAAAAUUUCAGGAAUUCAAAGAAGCUGCACGACUAGCAAAGGAAAAAUCCCAAGAAAAGAUGGAGCUAACAAGUACGCCUUCUCAAGAAUCAGCCGGAGGGGAUAUUCAGUCUCCUUUAACGCCGGAAAGUAUUAACGGGACAGAUGAUGAGAGAGCGACGCCAGAAGUGACGCAGAACUCAGAACCAAGGGCUGAACCAACCCAGAACGCAUUGCCAUUUACCCAUAGUUCGACAAUCAGCAAGCACUGGGAAGCAGAACUGGCCACCCUCAAGGGUAACAACGCUAAGCUCACAGCAGCCCUGCUGGAGUCCACUGCCAACGUGAAACAAUGGAAACAACAACUUGCUGCGUAUCAGGAGGAAGCAGAACGUCUUCAUAAGCGGGUGACUGAGCUAGAGUGUGUGAGCAGUCAAGCCAAUGCAGUCCACACACAUAAAACAGAAUUAAACCAGACAAUACAAGAGUUAGAGUCUACGCUGAAGAAAAAAGAAGAGGAAAUAGAAGGUUUGAAACAAGAAAUCAACAAUGCCAGAGAGCUCCAGGCACAGAGGGAUUCUCUGACCCAGAAGUUACAGGAAGUAGAAAUUCGAAACAAAGACCUGGAAGGCCAGCUGUCUGAUCUAGAGCAACGUCUGGAGAAAAGUCAGAAUGAGCAAGAAGCUUUUCGCAAUAACUUGAAGACACUUUUAGAAAUUCUUGAUGGAAAAAUAUUUGAACUAACAGAGUUACGAGAUAACUUGGCCAAGCUAAUAGAAUGCAGCUAAAGAAAAUGGGAUUUCAGUGCCAAUCAGCUUAAAGAUGCACUGUCUCUCUUCAUAGGACUGUGUUGGGCUCUGCGUCAAAGUUGCACAAAAUUAGAAAAUGCUCCUCUGAGAGGGCUUGUUUUAAAUUUGAGUCGUAUUUCAGUGUAAAAUUUAGAACUCAGCUUGUAGCUAGUUGAAGAAAAAAACAACAAACAAAAAAACUUGAAUUACAAAUUACCUCCUUGUACAUUAUUGGCCACAGAUAACUUGAAAGAUACUAACAGUAAUUUAAUACAAGCCUUUUCUAAUUAUCAGUGAUGGAAGAAUUAGCAGUGUCCCAGGUCACAUCCCCUUUUUGUGAUAGACACAAUAUAGUUUAUCUGCUAUUUAUUUUUAUUUAUUUAAGAUAUUUAAUUGCUGUGUUUUGUGCAAGAACUUAGUGAUGACAGCCCUUUAUUUUGUUUUUCUUAAUAAUUUCUCAGGAUACUUUGCACUGUAGAGAAGCAGUGCCCUUACCAAUUUAUUCUUGCCAGGAGUGAGAGAGAGUUGCAUCUUUAAUUGAAACAAAGUUACUAUAAUUGCUUGUAUAAAGUUCUUCCUUUUGGGGUUUUUUUGGUUGGUUGGUGGUUUUUUUUUUUCGGUUGGUUGGUUGGUUGUUUUAUAUAUAUAUAUAUAUCUAUAUAUUUAUAUAGAUAUAUAUAUAUAUAUACUGGAAGAUACCGCAUUUCUUUAUGGAGCUUACUCUGGUGUUCUACAAUAUUGUCCAAUGUAAGGUUUACUUUUUCAUAUGAAUUCCGUGUAAUUACAGUGAAUUACUAUCUUCCACUUAACUAUAUUUUGAAGCCAACCUAUGAUGGAAGGUGAGUCCCCCCAGGAAAAAAAAAAAAAAAAAAAGGGCAAAAAACCUCUGAUAAUUUUAAAUGUAAAAAUUGACAUGCACAGAUAGCAAGGAAUAGCCAGUCGUUUGUUUUCUGGCCUUGAUACAUAUAACGAAUAUGUAUGUUGGAUUAACUGUUAACCUGUUCUGCAGGAGACUUUUUCAGAAUGUCACAUGAAUUUCAGGUUUUCUGAAUAAUGGCUUAUGGGGAGAACUGUUUUAUUACAGAUUGCAUUAAGGGCAUAGAGCUAUUGCAAGGGAUUACUCGUACAUUGAAUUUGUCCAGCCAAGAAAGCUGUUUCUAGAAGUUUUGUUGUCAUAGCAAAUUGAAAUGGAGACAUGUUUACUCUUUUAUGGGUCUUCAUAUCACAUCUUUAUUGAAACUACACCAGGCAAUAUUCUGAACUGUUAACUAAAUGUUUAAAAACAGGAAAUUGAAUUCAAUUAUCCUCAGUGAGCAGGUUUUAAAGUUGUUUUGAUGUAAUUUUAACAGACUUUUGGCAAACACACAUUUCUUUAUAUAAUAGAUUUAUUUAAAAAAAAAAAACAACCUCUUUGAAAGGUAAGCCAAAUGUCAUGUGUCUUGCAUCAAAGUACAUUCUUGCCAUAAAUUGCUUGUAAUGUUGAAGAGGGCUUUUUUAAAAUGUAUGAAUGAGUGUCAGACUUCAGAGUCAAAAGAUGCACGGACCUUUGUUUGCUCCCCAAAUUAAUUUGAAUGUUUAACAUGAAAUCUAGCUGCUUAUUAAAUUGUACAACACAAUUUUCUCCACUUAGAGACUGCUAUUCAAAACUAGAAAAGAUAAGCUUGUUUUCAUGUCUGUACUGUGUGUAUAUACUAUAUAAUACACACAGGUUUUCAUUUAUAUUAGAAAUACAUACUUUAUUUCUAAAAUACCAUUUUUUUUUCUUUUCCAGUGAUUUAUCAGGUCUCCCCUGACUAGUCAGGAAAAUGGUUUAGGUCAAAUCCUAAACCGCCAUGUAUUAUACAGUAUGUAAUGUACACAAUGUUUAAGUUUUUGACAUAUUUUUAGGGUAUUUUCUCACUUAUUUUAUUUAUUAAAGGGGGGGGGGAGCUUGGUUUAGUGUGUUACUCGUUGAAAACUUUGUGGGGAGCUACAUGUUUUUCAUUUGGUGGAUUUUAGAUGGUGGUGUGUAUAUCUUCAUCAGGUCCAGAUGAGCAGAUACAACCAGUUUUUAAUUUACUUGGGGAUGCUUGGGUCUGAUUCUCCUGUCACUUGAGCUGCUGUAAACCAGAUGUGUCCUUAAUGUGAUGCCAGCAACAUUCAGUUGGCAUAACAUCUGUGGAAGUGCAGGGGGAUUCUGGCCUGUUAAUGCUCAGUGGACAUAAUAAAGAUGAAGAAAGAAUAAAAACACAGGAAGAUGAUGAUGGAAUAAAUGUAAUAUUAUUUUUAAUGAUACUGACAUUUUUAAAGAUAUGAUGUCAUUUACAUGUGGGAAAAUAGUGGACAGAAAUAUUUCCACUUAGAUUUUGUGAAUAUGUGUGGUACAUGAGUAUUUCUAUGUAUACGUACACACACAUAUGUAUAUACAGAACAUGGAAAAAUUUAGAUGUGCACAUUUUUAAUAUUUUCCUAUUGAAAUUAAAUUUAAAAUUGGAAAUUAAUAUUUGAGAAUUUCUUUUCUCAUAGAGUAGAUACACUUCAUUUCUUUUUUUGAAAUAAUUACUGAGGGCUGCACCUUUGAAUUCCCAAGUAGUUGCCAAACAUAAAUAUGGGAUAAGGUGGACAUACGUGCACAUAUAAAUAAAAUCCUAUUGCUAAGACUAUUUUUAAUGUUUAUGUACAGUAGGUGAGUGUUUAGAAAUUGUGUCCUGAAGUUCAUACUUAGGUGGCUAUACCUACUGUAGCCUCUCCACUUGUGUUUUAAGGUGAAAGUUUGCCUGUUUAAACAUUGCUUUCCCAGAGACAGGUAUUAUACAUUGUAUCUAUCAUUGAUGAAACUAUGGGAAUAUGUAUAUGAGAAAACAGUGUUGAGUACUAGAGCCUGAAAACAUGACCAUGAACUUCAUGAAAUUGCAUUGGAGGGGAAAGCAGUCACAUGGGGUAUAACUUGUUACAUGGCAACUACAGUCUUGUUAAAAAAAAAAAAAAAAAAAAGCAAAAAGAAUUACCAAAAAACAGAAAUAUCCAACAAAAAAAAAUAUCAAAAAUACAGCUUUUUAUUUUGAAAUACACUUGCUGUUCUCUGGAGAGUGUACUUUUACUCUUUAUUUUUUUCUUAAAUCUUUUUCAAGUAUGUGCAAGUGAUUGCAGCAGCUACCUUAAUCUUUCAGGUGCUACUGGAUUUUGCAUUAGCGUGUUAUGUUGUGAAAUCCUGACUUUGACAUAAAAGAUUUUUGUAAGUAUAUCCCCGUCUGGAUAGUUAGUUUUUGGAGUGUCUUGUUCAUAAUCCAUAUGCCUCAAUGAUCCAGAAAUUGCAUUUUUCUAUGUGGACAAAGUAAAACGUGUGAAUUAAUCUGUCUGUUACAGACUGGGAAUUCCUUUUCCUGGCUAAUAUAUCCAGGAAAAAGGAGAACAAAAUGAACUGAUAAUGCAGAAAUGCUGUUAUAAGGUCUCAAGAAAAUACAUUUUCAGGUAAAAUAUGAAUAAAUAAAGGGCUAAACCAGAUGUAACACAAAUAAGUAUUGUUUAAUGCUAUCGGUGGCAUUCCCAGGAUAAUUCCUUUAAAGAAAACCCUCCAAGAAUGAACAAUGCAUCAAUUAAAGAUUAAUAUUUUGGGAUGUGUCUUUUCAGUUGUCAGUUGUGAAAGGUUUCUGAUUUCUGCACAUUUUUCUACCAGUUGGGGAUUAACUUCAGGUUUACCUUCAAUAAGAGGCUAAACCUCAAUUCAUUCUGUCAUUUUUUAUAUUCUGUACUGAAGUGGCUACUGAACAGCACUCUGUGAACACCGCAUUCAAAAGUCAAAAGCAAAACCUUUUUCAGAAAUACUGCAUGGAGAGAGGAAUGGAAAACUGUUGCAGACCUUAAUUCUCUGCAGAAUUGUGGAUGUCAGUAGAAGCACUGAAUUUGGUUGAUUGCAGAAAUCAUGGAUCUUGAGGCCAAAGAUAAAUCUGAUUAGAGGCUAGGUCUGGAUGUCAAAAGACAGUUAAAGAACAGGACCAUCAAGAAACUCCAUCCAAACAUGCAUAGUUUAGUCUCAGUAUCUGGACAUGCCAGUUAAGUGGACAGCUAUACACUGAUUUUUUCAGGAAAUGGACCUGACUCUGCAAAGCAGUGUUCAAAUUGUCUUGUUUACAUUUUCUUAGUAAUGCUGCAUAUGUGCACUACCUCUGAAUGGUGCUAAGCAGAGAACAUAUCAUGGAACAACAGCUGUUUUUUCAAACCUGUAUUUUUGCUUAGUCACAUUAGUUCCUUGUUUUACUCCAUUUACUUCAGACAAGUAGGAUUAAUUUUCCCCAUUACAUUAAAUGUUUGGGAACAAUGAACAGAGUUUUGUGUUGGAUCCUGGAGUCAGUUCAGCUCAUGUCCACUCUUCUGGCUUGUGUAAGUAGCCAGAAAGCAGGUGCAACUGUUUACAUCACAAUACCUCUAGAUGCUAUAGAUAGAAGUGGGUUUUCACACCAUAUGGGGACUCAUAGCUUGCCUGCCACAACCUCUCAGGGACCUGUAGCUGGCAGUACUGCCUCUGCACUGCUGGCAGCUCAUCCUAGGACCAAAGAAACACAAGCGUAAUUUAUACCCACUUUCUCCUUUUGUGGAUGGGUCUUGCACAGCGAAGCUCAACUGCAACAAUACAUCUGGCAGUUUGUGUCAUUUUCGGAUACAAGCAUUCGAAGGAGAAGUAACUACCAGAGCUGGUUUAGAUUUGGAAGGGGGUGGGGGGGGCGGGGGAAAUGCAGAGUUGUCAAAAAGAUUCCCUUACAUAGACCUGGUAGCUGUGAAAUAGGUGAGAAUGGUUUGCGCAGCAAAGGACAGACCAUCUGAACUGUGCAGCAGUUAGAAAGGGUCUUGCUUUCCUUAGAUAUUCACAUCAUGCUAAUACUGAGCACACCUGACUUGCCCCAAAACUCUGCUAUGAUUGCUAUAGGCUCCUCAAGGUCAGCAUUAGGUCUGUGUUCCAUGAACACAGCCAGAGUCCUGACAGUCUGCAAACCCCGUGUCCUUCCAGUCUUUUAUCUUCACAACUCUAGAGGUUUGGUGUUGAUAUUAGUCUUCGUUAGUGGUUGAUGACACUCCCUAUUUUUUCCUGCCACCAGUUUCUAUCACUUGUCUUGUUUGUGUAACAAAGUUCUGAGCUGGAUUUUGGGGUUUUUCUUCCUUUUAACCUCGAAGUAGUUUCAGACCUUGCCCGUUCCUACUCUGGGGAUUCUCAUCUGUUCUCAUCCGAGUCUCAUCUCACUGCACGGAUCCAGCAGUGUGUCAACUGCUUUUGCUUCCACUAGAUUGAGAAUAGCAACCUAGAAGUUUUCUUGGAAGAGAGCUUCCAUUUCUGUGACUGUGGUAAUUCUUGAAGAGGAAGAAUUUUUUCCCAGUAGAUCAAGGAGGCAGAGCUCAGGACCUAUGUGUAUCCAGGUGCUAAGGGGCGAGGAAGAGCUACACUGACAAGGUAUGUUUAAGUAUAAUCUGUGUGUAUGAAUUUACCCUUUUGAAUUAAAUAUGGCCAUGCAGAUAUUUGCAAGCUUAAGGUGUUCAGAGAGGGAACAAGAUCUUCGAAAUUCUCUGCGUCUGGAUUGUAUUUUGUUAAAUGAUGAUGGGAAUUUUCUCUAAACAAAACAAAAGAAACGGGAAGCAAAAUGACCUUGUACUUCCCUGCAAGAGAGACAUCACAGCCCUUAUCUGUGGAUGGAAAUGUAAAAAUUAAACCUGCUUUCUCUGCAUCUGAACAUACUGUUAUUUUUAUAAUUCCAGCAGUGUUGUUUCUCAGGAAUCUGCAGCAAUGGAAACCAGAAAUCUAACAGCGAAAGGCACAGCUCUCUCUUCGACUUUCACUUGGUGAGAGGAGACAGGAUAGUAAUGUGCAGUUGAGCAACUCAAGUAGUAACUAGUGCAAUCAGCCUGCAGCGAGUCCCUGCUGCUCAGCCUCACUGCUACACCCUGAUAACUGUGUGGAAGCUAGCCCAAACGUGGCUGCACUUGCUGCAGUCACUGUCUGUCUCAGAAGCAACCCCUGAGGGUUUGCUGUCCUUUGUUAAGAAGCUGCUGGUUUGAACUGUGGCCCCAUCAUUACUAGUCGAGCCUUUUUGCUCCAGAGCGUUCUGCACAUUUGGAGAUUUGCUUGCAGGGGGAGAAAACGGAGGGGAAAUUUCAUCCUCCAGAUCUUAAAGAAGCAGAGUAAUGUGCUGGUUUGAUAUAGGCACCAUUUACCCACCUCUUUGAAAGAAAAAGAAAUUAUGAAUGCUUUAUUUGGGGUGGUUAUUGUUAUCAUUUGAACCUACAAGUCAAAACUUUUUUAUCCUGUAUUGCUUGCAUUUUUCCUUUUUUCCGUCUACAUUCUUUUCUCCUGUGCAAUGUGGAGCAGCCAAGCAUGUUUACAAUAAAUGUAAGAAAGUCCUGAAAUGCUUAUGGAGUAAGAUCCAUGAACACUGAGGGUCCUGCUCACCAGGCAGGCACAUCAACAACCGAAACAAAAAAAAACUCACAUAGAAGAUACCUAUAGGUAUGGGGUGCUGUCUGUUGUUCAUGAACAUCUCUGAGCCUCAGCGAAGGAGUCAUCCAGCCAGAGACCAAGAGGCAGUGAAGAAGCAUCGGGGAUGUUCUAAACAAGCGUUACUGAAGCAUGCCAUGAGGAAGUAUUUUGAAUCAAAGUGGGCUAAAGCAGAGAGCAAUGGAAGUAUUUUCAGAAGACAAGGGUUUGUAUGCUCUUUUUUGAUGAUGACUGCAUUGCAGAAAUAGAAAAUUUCUGUAAGAGGUGCGUAACUCCUCAAGUCAAAAUACAGUAAUGUGUCAGGAUGGGCAGGCUGUUUCCAGAAGAAACGGAGCUGAUUUUCCUGCUAAAAAAAAGGGAUCGUAUACCUGGCAGCAAAAAUUCCCAUCAAGCUAGAGGACUUCUGUCAUCAGGUAGGACAGGAGACAGAUCUUUUACAAAGGAAUUAAAGCAACAUUUGGAAACUUCCCUGAGAGAACCUGUACACAGAUAAGGGCAGAUGUCUGUGCAACUGCUGCAAUGUGCCUGAUUCAGAGUGGGAAAUCUAGCCACAAGACUUACAGUCUGGACUGGCAGGACAGGCAGGUAGCAAACACUGCUGUAGGUCCAAAGGUUUUUAAGGAAGUUGUGGCAGUUUGGUCAAAUUGCGGUAAUGAAGCUGUAACAAGGACAUAUGUAUCUAAAAAUCCAGACGGAAUUAAGGCCAGCCCCGUGGCUGAGCAAGCAGCCACACCAGGGACUCACGGUAUGUCCAAACAUGCAGUCACCCCUGUAACCCUGGCAGAGGAGAGGGUUUACUUAGGGGUAAAAGCAAACAAGAUUAACCAGCCAUUGAGGCUAGUUUUACGGCUCCGGAGUAGCAACUAGGUGGCUGUUGAGUUCACCAUGACAUUCUAAAUCUCUCUUUUUGACAUGCUGCACCAGAAGAGGGAGCUGCUGCUUGAGGAAUUUAUAAACUGACCUCCAUGGCCUCCAUAAGCUUAGCUCUGUGUCUUAUAGUGGAUAAAAGUUGGGGUGUAGCUACUUGGACAAUAGUUAGCUGGUGACAGUGGUGUGUCAAGAGAUCAGGCCUUCAUUGGCUGGAAGGUCUUGACAGAGAUAAGUGAAGAAAUUUUAAUAUACAGUAUUUCAGUAUAUUAUAGGUUUUUGUUUUUAAAGGAAACCCCAUGACUUGCUAUAGCAAUGACCAGUUGAUGGGCUACUGAAAAAAAUCUUGGUGUCCUCCUGAGAAACAGCUAGGCUCCUUCCACUGGGUGAGCUCCAAAGGGAACAGGAGCUAAAUUUUGCAUUCAUUUGUUUAACCAAGCUGGUACCGACAGUACCAAACGCUUUCUUAUUCAGAAGCAUCUCUGAGACCUUGAGUAUCCACUAAGGACUGCAGCAGAUCCGUGUAUCUGGGCCUUGAGAGGCAGGAAGACACUACAUCUGUUGGGCAGCUGAUGGCUGGGAGUAGAACCCAGGUUUAUUCCAGAUGGCUGGUAAUGCAGUCUUGAUAAAUGCUGGUUGAGACACAGAGUUUCUGUUUAAAGUUUCUUAUUGCAAAUUGAGAUUAAAAGCUGAAGACUUGAAGGGGAUUUUUUUCUGUGAAAUGCGACAUAGCAUUGACUUGCCAUCGUAACUGCUUUUGAGUAUUUAAAUGUGUUUUAGAUGUGAUAUAUGUUAGUUUGUAUACAAACAUAAGCAAAGCAUGUCCUGGUAGGCAGCCUGCAGCUCCUGUUCUCCCCAAAAACACAACCUGAGUAGAUACCUCUUUUUUUUUGUUUUUUUCUUUUUUUUUUUUGUAAUAAAGAAGAGGGACAAACUUCAUCUCCUGAACCAGGAUUUGCUCUGUUAAUCAACCGUGACUAAUGCUACCUUGGACUGAGGACCAGUCCUGCACUCCUCCUGUCUUUUCCUAGAAUGGAUUAAAUGAGAGUAGACAUGCUCCAAGUGUCACUCACUGGCACAUGGCUUUUCUUGAUCCCAUCUUCUGGCCAUGGGCACCAGAGAACUGGCCCAUGAAUGGCCAGGCCUUGCAAAGGCUGCCAGGCUGACCCACCAAGCAUGGCUUAAUUUAAAGCUGGGUGACAGAGCAAGGAGCGGUGGAGUGGGGGGGCGAUGGACACAUAAAACAGUGUUGCAGAGUGAGUGGAAAUAAUUUGUUCAUACAGUGGUAGCGGGCAGGAGAAAAAGUAAUGACCUAAUGUUUCAGCUUAGUUUGAUAUUAAGAGAAGCCUUCAACCACUAGGCAAUGGAAUUGAUCACUUGGAGAGGCUGUGACCUUCUAUCAGUAGAAACCUUCAUGAAACUACUAUGGGGAUAGCACAGGUAUAUGUGCUCCAGCAACAAAAGGGUAGGAUGUGUGAUUGUUUUUUUUUAUAUAUAUUACUAAUUUUAUUUUUUAAUGCCAAUUCAAGACUUUUUAAACAUCAUUAGAAACCAAGAGCAGUAUGCAGUGGCUUCUUUGUCAAAUUGUUUUUGCAGGACUCUGUCCACUCCAACAGUCAUUUCACUCACUGCAAGGGGGAGGGGGGGGGAAAGCCAUCACUUUAUGAAGCUUCAUAUGAAGUUGAUUUAUAAGACAUCUGUUGUGUUCUUUAAACUGUGCAGUUAACAUGCAUGGCAGUUGAAGCAUGCAUUGAUGAUUCUGUAUGCUAAGAGCUCAGUUACAUUCCUACUGAAAUUUAAUGGGAUUAAAAUAAAGUACUGAGGAAAAAAAAAAAGUAUAGUUAA